GUUUGGCGUGCUACGAAGGACCCGAUCAUUAGCCCCAUCCUCUCCUCCAUGACCGAAACCGACAACCCCGACCCCGCGCGCUACAAUGGGGAACUGGGGACCCUGAACACCAUAGAUAGGAUCCUCGUCUCGUUCCCAGGCUGGGUCUGCAACCAGGUGCACUUUCGUGGCCAGGUAGUCGAGUACCCUGAGGUCUUAUCCUCGAAGGGCAUCUCUGACCAUGCUCCGCUCGUGGUCGAGAUUGCGCGCAGCUUCCCCGUCCCAGCUAG